GGGACAGCAGAGGCACUUUCACUGCUGCUGUGAACACAGCUUCACUUCCACAGAGAAACACAGAGUUCAGAAAUCGGUCUGCAUAAUGUGGCUCUUGAUUUUCUUAGUCUGGUUGGCUAUAUGGGUCGGUGGCUCAUACUGGUACCUGUUUGGGAAAAAGAGCCCUUUCUCCCUGGAGUCAGUGAGACCGCCUGGACCUCGAGAGUUUGAUCAGAAGAAGCGCGACAAAGUCAUCAAGCAAGGUUUCAGCCUCGAAAAAGUGCCCGAGAACCUGGAUGUCAUCGUCAUUGGAAGCGGUAUCGGUGGGCUCACCGCUGGAGCCACACUUGCCAAAGCGGGGAAGAAAGUCCUGGUGCUGGAACAACACGACCAGGCCGGAGGCUGCUGCCACACAUACAUAGAGAAAGGCUUUGAGUUUGAUGUUGGGCUUCACUACAUUGGUCAGGUCCAUGAGAACAGUCUGCUGCGUAUCGCCUUCGACCAGAUCUCUGAGGGCCAGCUGGAGUUCCAGGAGCUAAAACAACACUUUGACACCAUCCAGAUCGGCCUGGGCGAUGACAAACGCGACUACACCAUCUUCUCCGGUAAAACUGAGAUGAAAGCGCACCUGCUGAAGCAAUUCCCUGAUGACACGGAGGCCAUCGAGACAUUCUUCAAAAUCAUGAAGGUCUCAGCUAAGAAGACCCACUACCUGGCAACUCUGAAGCUGAUCCCACAGUGGGUGUCUCUGUUCCUGCUGAAGUCGGGCAUCGCAGACCUCGUCUCCCCAGUGUUUCGCCUCACUGGCACAUGUGCAACAGACUUCGUCAACACACUGACCAGCAACAAGGAUCUCCAAGUCAUCUUUUCUUAUCUUUUCUAUGGCGUGCCCCCAAAGGACUCAAGUAUCCUGAUCAAUGCCCUCCUGAUUCAUCACUACAAACGAGGCGCUUACUACCCGAGAGGUGGAGCCAGCGAGAUUGCCUUCCACAUCAUCCGCACCAUUCAGAAAUAUGGAGGAAACUGCCUGGUCAGAGCUCCCGUCUCCCAGAUCAUGGUCAACGAGAAGGGAGCAGCAUACGGUGUGAAAGUGAGGAAAGGUCAGGAGGAACUGGAGGUUCAUGCACCUGUGAUUGUUUCAAACUGUGGCAUCUUCACCACCUUCCAGAAACUGCUUCCCCCUGAGAUCAGAGUCAAGACAGACGUGCAGGAGAGAUUGGACAUGAUGAAACAUGGCAGAGGAUCGUUCUUGGUGUUUUCUGGAUUUGAUGGAACUGAAGAGGAGUUAGGCCUCGAGUCCACCAACUUCUGGCUGUUCAAAAAUAACGAUAUGGACAAGUCGAUGGAGGACUUCUUUGCAUUGAGCAAAGAGGAAGCACCGGAUAAUAUUCCCAUGAUGUUCAUCACAAUGCCAUCAGCCAAAGACCCAGAGGCCAAACUGAGACACCCUGGAAAAUCUUGCAUGACAAUACUGACGAUGGUGAAGUACGAAUGGUUUGAGGAAUGGAAGGACACCUCAGUGCGCAAACGGGGUGAUGAAUACUACAACUACAAAAUGAGAUUUGCUAACAACCUCUUCGACUGGGCCUGCACUUUGUUCCCUAAAAUCAAAGACAAGUUGGUGUUCCAGGAUGUGGCGACCCCUCUGACCAACAUGCACUACCUGGGUGCCCAGCGUGGAGCAAUGUACUCUGCUGAGCACAACCUAGAUCGUUUCCAAGCCGAGGCCGUGGCAAGGAACAGGUGCAACACCCCCAUCAAGAACCUCUACAUCUCAGGUCAGGACGUGUUCAGCUGUGGGAUAGCAGGCGCUCUACACGGCGGACUCCUCUGCGCCUCGACUGUGUUGGACCACAUUGUCUACAUCGACUUGCUCUUACUCAAGAAGAAGCUGAAGAGGAGAAAAGCCAGAGAGUUGGCCCAGCUGGCUCAGAAGAAGCUGCAGUGAGCAUGUUCUCUACUUCCCCUGCAGGACGGUGAUGAAACUGCACACACCGGGUGCCAAGAAGGAACCUUAAAUUGUUGUGGGAAACAUGAACACAACGUCGCUGAGUCUAAGAGCUACUCUAUAUACCAAUCUAAUAAAAUCUUAAGACACUAAAGCCAAUAGUGCACUUUCCUGACAGUUACAAGGAUGUUAUGUCCUGUUUGAAACUGAAAACAUCACUGAUGAUUUGUUUUCAGAGCUGAAGUCAUCACGCUGUCUUCAGGAAAAUCUGUGAAAAAUGUGGAAUAAUCACGUGUUGGUUCCUGGUGAACAUUCAGUCUGGUGAUCUACGCCACCAGACUGGAUUGCAACAAGCAUAGUUCCUGCUGAUCCACUCAUCAAAAUGACAUUUAUGUUGUCACAUUUAUCUUAGAAUUGUAUUACGCUCUCACUUUGUUUGCUGUUGAGGACGUCUAGAACUAUGACCUAACACAGACACACUGUAUGCUAAAGAGUUAGCAUUGCAUGUAGCACUGAAGCCAGUAACCUACCAGAGACUUUGUCAUGAUUUUGGCUAUGAGUCACUGGAAAUUAUACAAGUGAGAGGCCACAGAAUGAGUCUACAACCUAAUUUAAGAGGCCCAAUUGUCUCAUAUACAAUAUUGGGGCUUCUCAGUAUUUCCAGUCUUUUACUGGUCUACCUGAUAAGUAAAGAUUAUCUGACUGUCUUGUUUACUCUACUUUAUUUACUACUCUAUGUAAAGUGUUUUUCUCCAAUUUUGUUGUUAUUGUUUUUUUGUCUUUUAGUGUCACUGCUCAGUUUGUUUUAGCAUGAAACAAAAUGCAUAUAUGUCUUUUUUUUGCUGUACAUGCUCAACAAACUUGAUAAACCAUAAUAAAAUGUGCUAAAA